AUGGUUGAAAUUGUAAAAAGUAAAGAAAUUUUGAGAAAUUCGAUCAACCUUAUUUGGAAAGCAACUGGUAGAAAAGUUGUUACUGUUACUUUCAAUAACCAGUUACGCUUAGCGACUAUUUCAUUAGAUAAUGGAACCAACGUUACCGUAAAUUUAGAAAGAAUUGUUGAUAAUAAGAACGUUUCAAAAUAUCAACUAUACAAUAAAAGUGUUAGUGACAACUCAGAAUAUGACCAAAAUAUAGAUAAAUUGAUUAAUGUUGUCUCUGAAAUGUUUAAUCAAUCAAAAAAUAGUAUGCAAGCCGACGAUGUUGAAAAUGUAUGCCAACUUAAUAAUAAACGCAUUAAUAUUAAUAACCAGAAAAAAAGGAGAGAAAAGGAAAUAUCUGAAACUUUUGUGUCUCAAGACCCAACAAAAAUAUUUGAAAUGUACUCUCAGCCUGUUAACAAAUAUUUCAAUAAAGCCUCGAUAUCAUCAUUAGAACCAGAACUAUUGCUAAUGCUAAUGAAAGAUAUUAAUAGUUGCACCUCUUAUCUUCGAAUUUGA